AUGUCUCUUACCGCCCAGAUGAAGAGAUUGCAGCUUCAACGAUGGAGCAGCACCGUCCUUGCGCCGCAGGCUCGGGCUACUAACAGAUUGCAUCAACAACUUUGCUCCGCCGGGUGUCGGCACAACUCAACUGCUGCGGCAGUUGAAUCACAAGCUACAUCUCAAAAUGGAAUUACGGCGGAUGAGGCUGCGGCAGAGCUGAAGCGCCAAAUCCGAAAAAUGCACAAACGCAAGUCAGAACUCCAAUAUCCCUCUCCUCCGGUUGAAGCCGCAUCCAAGUCGGCUAAGCUUGCAGCCCUCCACGCUCGACUCUACCUCCCCUCCCGAUUACCUCUUCAGACACUCGCGCGGACACUGGUCGAUGCUUCCGCGGAUUCAAAUUCCGAUUUCAACAACAAAUCGUUGGCCACUCUUGGCGAUGACCUUCUCAACUCCUACACCACCGAGCACCUUAUUUGCACUUAUCCUCGCCUUCCCCUGAGUGUCAUCUUCGCAGCCACAUACGCCUAUGUCGGUCCCCAAACCCUCGCAUCCAUGACUCGGGAAUGGGGUGUAGAUUUCGCGUCCAUCCCCGGAGGAGAGGUCGACCCUGGUUUACUUCAGUUCAAGCGGGUUGAACCUGGUACUGAGCUCGAGGAAAAAGGCUCAUUAAGGCCAUAUGCUGAAAAGAAAUGGAAGAAAACAGUCACCUCACAAAUUUUUUAUGAUGAUCAAUUUGGUCAGGCUUCUCAGCGGUCAAAGUCUGGUGUUACCGCCGAUGAGGCUAGUUCCACCUUCAUCCGUGCUGUGGUAGGCGCAAUCUACCUGCAUGCUGGUCGCACAGCCGCCAAGCGGUUCUUUGAGCAGCACUUCCUUUCUCGACACCUUGACAUUUCAAGCCUAUUCAACUUCUCCCAGCCCUCCAGGGAUCUGGCCCGCUUGUGUGCACGUGAAAACUUCGAGCGUCCCAUCGCUAAGAUAAUCAGUGAGACUGGUCGCCUAAGCAGACAUCCUGUCUUUUUGGUUGGCAUUUUCUCUGGCCAGGAUAAACUGGGUGAGGCUGCUGGAGCCAGUCUUGUUGAGGCCCGAGAGAGGGCAUCUCUUAGUGCACUAAAGGGCUGGUACCUGUACAGCCCACUCAACGUACGGGUCCCCAGCUCUAUGGAGGAAGAGGGUGCUACUCCCUGGAAGCCUGCAUACGUUGACUUGGGUGAAGUGAUUGUUUAA